CUUUUGGUGUCUAACACAACAAAAAAGGAGGCCAGACAGGUAAUCUGUGUGUCUCCAAGUCUGGGAUUAGCUAAAGCCCCAGUAAAUCCCAGCUCCAGACCCUGAUGAAUUCUCUACCCAGAGAAGCCUCUCAGCCAGCCAAAGUCCCUCCUCACCCCCCAACCCCUAGCUCUGCAAUCUCCUCACUAUACUUUAACUGAUAACGUCCACAUUUUACCCUCACCCUGCUUGCCAGAGUAUUUACAUGAAGUUCUGAAUCAUGUGAGGAAAUGGCCAGAAGACCUGUUUACAAAGGAAAAAGAGCUAGUUCAACUCAGGAGCAGCACAUGUUCUCACCGGAUAAAGGAAGCAGUCAGUUAUAGAUUUCUUCAAACCAGCUUCAAAACAAGAUAGACAUAUGUUGGAUUCGCCACAAAAAUCAAACAUCAAAUAUGGAGGAAGUGGAUUGUCCAUCUCUGGAACAGAGCAAUUUGAAAGGAAACUAUCUUCACCAAAAAAAUCUAAACCCAAAAGGGUGCCGUCAGAAAAGAGCCCUAUUUUAGAGGCUUUCAUGAAAGGUGUGAAAGAACACCAUAAAGAUCAUGGUGUACAUGAGUCAUGUCGGCCUUGCGUGUCACUAGCCACCAAAUACCCAAAGGCAGGUACAAAAGUCUAUGUUCCUUCAUAUUGCUUGCCAAAGGAAAUGAAGGCAUUAAAGAAGAAACAUCGCUCUCCAGAGAGAAGGAAGUCACUGUUUAUUCAUGAAAAUAGCAAGGAGAAGAAUGAUAGAGAUCGCGGCAAGACCAAUGCAGACUCCAAAAAGCAGGCCACAGUGACAGAACCUGACAUCUUCAAGAACAGCUCCAGAAGUCUAAGCAGUAGGAGCAGCCUAUCCAGGCACCACCCAGGAGAAAGCCCACUGGGAGCUAAGUUUCGGUCGUCAUUAGCUUCUUACUGCAGAGAAAGAGAACUAAAGAAGCUGAGAAAGGAACAAAUGGAACAAAGAGUCAACUCAGAAAAUUCUUUCUCAGAAGCAAGCAAUCUUUCCCUAAAGUCCUCUAGUAUAGAAAGAAAAUGUAAACCAGGGCAGGAACAGAGUAAACAGAAUGACAUCAUACCUGGAAAAAGUAAUCUUUCAAACCUGGAAAACGGACAUCUCUCAAGAAAAAGGGCCUCUUCUGAUUCAUGGGAACCUGUUUCAGCAGGCUCUAAGCAGAAUAAAUUCCCUGACAAAAGAAAAAGGAACUCUGUGGACUCAGAUCUGAAAAGCACAAGAGAAUCUAUAAUGCCAAAAGCAAGAGAGUCCUUCCUUGAAAAGCGUCCUGAUGGGCCACAUCAGAAAGAGAAAUUUAUAAAACAUAUUGCACUGAAGACCCCUGGUGAUGUAUUGCGCUUGGAAGACAUAUCCAAGGAACCAAGUGAAGAAGCUGAUCGCUCCUCUGCGGGGUUGGCACCUUCAAGUUCUGGCCACCAUUCUUCCAGGAAUAGUGACCAAACCCGUGUGGAAAGUACCAAAGAGACUAAGAUGCAGAAACCCCACAUAUCUUUACCUCAGGAAAAAUCUGCAGUUAAAAAAGCUAGCAGCCUACAGAAAAAUAAAAUUGCUAGCUCUGUGGCAGCAAAGGAGACAAAACUUCUACCUUUACUUUCCCAUGUACCAAGUGCUGGUUCCUCUCGGGUACCGUUAAAUGCUAAAAGUUGCACUCUUCCAGUUCCUAAAAAAGAUAAAGAACGUUCCUCAUCUAAAGAAUAUUCUGGGUAUUCUUCAGAGUCCUCCAAACACAAGGAGCACAAAGCAAAGACUAAUAAGGCUGAUUCUGACGCGUCUUCAGGGAAAAUUUCUGGGGGAUCUUUGCAUUCAGAAUAUGGCACUCCUACAAAGUCUCCCCCAGCUGCUUUGGAAGCUGUGCCAUGUAUACCAAGUCCAACAGCACCUUCAGAUAAAGCCCCUUCAGAUAAAGAGAGUUCAGGAAAUUCCAAUGCAGGUAGCAAUGCACUGAAAAGAAAACUAAGGGGUGAUUUUGAUAGUGAUGAAGAAAGUUUAGGUUACAACCUAGACAGUGAUGAGGAAGAGGAAACAUUAAAAUCACUGGAUGAAAUAAUGGCUUUGAACUUCAAUCAUACUCCUGCAACUACAGGAAAGCCUCCUGCUCUUUCCAGAGGGCUUAGAUCUCAGUCAUCAGAUUAUAGAGAAACUGUUCAUAGUGGAACUUACACAAAUUCUUUAGAACGUCUAGUGAAGGAGAUGGAAGACACACAAAGGUUGGAUGAACUGCAGAAGCAACUACAGGAGGACAUAAGGCAGGGUCGAGGCAUUAAAUCCCCAAUCAGAAUUGGAGAUCAAGACAGUACAGAUGAUGAAGAUGGCCUUUUAGAAGAACAUAGGGAAUUUCUGAAGAAAUUUUCAGUUACAAUUGAUGCUAUUCCUGAUCAUCAUCCAGGUGAAGAAAUAUUUAAUUUCCUCAAUUCUGGAAAAAUUUUCACUCAGUAUUCCUUGGACUUAAGAGAUUCUGGCUUUAUUGGACAAAGUGCUGUAGAAAAGCUUAUUCUUAAAUCAGGAAAAACAGAUCAGAUUUUCUUGACAACGCAAGGCUUCCUCACCUCUGCUUAUCACUAUGUCCAGUGUCCUGUGCCUGUGUUAAAAUGGCUAUUUCGGAUGAUGUCGGUUCAUACAGAUUGCAUUGUGUCUGUGCAGAUUUUAAGUACUUUGAUGGAAAUAACAAUUAGAAAUGAUACCUUCAGUGAUUCACCAGUUUGGCCCUGGAUUCCAUCAUUGUCUGAUAUAGCAGCUGUGUUUUUCAAUAUGGGAAUUGAUUUCGGAUCUUUAUUUCCUCUGGAGAAUCUUCAGCCAGACUUUAAUGAAGAUAAUCUAGUUUCAGAAAUACAGAUGGCAUUGGGGGGGAAAGGAAGUGAAGAUUCAUCUUAUAAGCCAAUUUUUUCAACUCUUCCUGAAACCAAUAUUUUAAAUGUGGUUAAGUUUCUAGGCUUGUGUACAUCUAUUCAUCCAGAAGGUUACCAGGAUCGUGAAAUAAUGUUACUAAUUUUAAUGUUGUUUAAAAUGAGUUUGGAGAAGCAACUGAAACAGAUUCCUCUGGUGGAUUUUCAGAGCCUCCUUAUAAACCUGAUGAAAAAUAUCAGAGAUUGGAACACAAAGGUACCUGAACUCUGUCUGGCUAUAAAUGAACUUUCCAGUCAUCCCCACAAUCUUCUGUGGUUGGUACAGCUGGUCCCUAACUGGACAUCACGUGGAAGGCAACUGAGACAGUGCCUCAGCCUAGUGAUUAUUUCAAAGCUUUUGGAUGAGAAACGUGAAGAUAUCCCUAAUGCUAAUAAUCUGCAGAUAUCAGUCCUACAUCGCUAUCUUGUGCAAAUGAAGCCUUCUGAUUUGUUAAAGAAAAUGGUCUUGAAGAAAAGAGCCGAACAACCAAAUGGCACUAUUGAUGACAGUCUUCAUUUGGAACUUGAAAAGCAGGCAUAUUACCUGACCUACAUUCUUCUUCAUUUAGUUGGUGAAGUUAGUUGUUCUCAUUCUUUUUCUUCUGGACAACGGAAACACUUCGUGCUUCUCUGUGGGGCUUUGGAAAAACAUAUUAAGUGUGAUAUUAGGGAAGAUGCAAGAUUGUUUUACAGAACUAAGGUAAAAGACUUGGUUGCCAGGAUACAUGGAAAAUGGCAGGAAAUAAUCCAGAACUGUCGGCCUACUCAGGGGCAGCUUCAUGACUUCUGGGUACCAGAUUCUUAACAGGAAUUUCAGCAGCACAAACAUGAACUGAGAGAAAUUCAGCAAGAGCCUUCCCUGGAAGAGGAUUACCAGAAUCCAAUGGAAUGCUAAGAAAAUGUUCAGCAAAUGUACCACAUGAAUAUCUAGUAUAAUGCUGGUAAUGAAGAAACUGCCAUUUCUGCAGCAGAUAUGAAACACGAUCUACUUAAUUAAGGCAACUGGCUUUUUAAAAGAGCAGAAUUCCAUGAGAAGGGAGGGGUAGAAGCAUAGUUGCAUGUCUAACAUGCUCCUGUUAAUUCCUCUUGUUAAAUUUUAAGCUAAUUAUCUUUUAGGGGGAAGUAUUUGUGACACUUGGAUAAUCACAGGAACUGUAUAAGAAAGGAUUUGGUCCAACUGGAGGAAUUGGUCGUGGAAACCAAGACCAAGUUCCAGUGGGUUUAAUUUUCCUUGUUGGCUAUUUUAGGACACAAAGGGAAAGUUUAGACUGUAUUUAGUAACAAAAAAGAUAAAUCUCCUUUAAUUUCUAAAAACCACAGGGAGGUUUUAAUCCAUGAGCUUUCCUUCCCUAUUCAAGAUUAUAAAUCUCUUAGGUUUUUAAUACACAUUUAAACAGUUGAGAAACAAAAGUUUGGUAUAUUGUCAGAUUUCCAUAAAAGGGAAAGGUUAAACUAUAAAAUAGUGGCUCUGUUUUUGUGCCAAAACAUUCUAAUGUGCAGUUUGUUUUGGAUUUCUUUUAAAAAUACAGUUAAAUCUUGAAAUCUCAGCUAAAUCUUAGAAGUCUGACCCUUGCUAGCCAUAAUACAAAAGUUUAUAUUGUAAAAAUUUUAAAAUCUGGAUAAGUUUCCAAAAACCUUACUCUCAUGAGUACAAAAUCUUGGCAGAGACAUGGAUGGUGAUUAUUCUUUGGGACACUGUGUGUGUGUGUGUGUGUGUCUGUGUGUGUGUCUGUGUGUGUGUCUGUGUGUGUGUGUCUGUGUGCACAUAUGCAUACUGUGUACACAUGCACAUGCACACAUUUAUAUUUUAAGUUGUUGCACUUGAAAACCACAGCUGCUCUAAAUUCUUAAACACUGGAAAGCCAUCCUUUGGUUUAAAUGGUGAAAGGUUAGUAGAAGUGCACAUGCUGGUCUUAACCCAAGGGUUCUUUUGAAGCCUGUGGUGGUAAUAGACUCUUACUAGCCAACUGAAAAAUUCUUUUUGUUUCCUGAGUGUCCCUUUUAAGGAGGGUUUGUUUCUUGAACGAGAAUGCCAACUUUUUCUUUCAACAUUGACUUGGAUGACACUGCUCUGCUGAGCACCCUUAAUGUCUCCAGUGUGGGGGGAAAGAUGAUGGAAGGAAAGGGAAUUGACUUGUUUUUUAUGAUUUGAGAGGACAGAAAAUAGAUUUUGAAAAUACACUUUCUACCUCUAAAUUGAGGCUUAGAAGUAAAAAGCAUUCUAUCUCAAAGUUAUCCUUAAAAGAAUAUCAGUAACUUUUGAGCCCAUGUCAAGCAUUAAACAGAUAAGAGACUUCAUAGGGAAGACUUCAAUAAAUCCAGUUCCCAAGAACCCCAUCUGGAUAAGGCUCCAAGAGCCAGACCAACAAAAGUUUUAAUCUGUGUUGAGUUUACUGGUAAGAAUAUUAUCUUGAUACUACCUCUCAAGGGAAUUGUUAGAAAUGCCACUUAUGGUUAAUGAGAUAGAUACAAAGAGUUAUAUUUGACAGAAGCUUGAAACUCUGGCAUCUAUCUGCCCAACAAUGGGGGCUUUCAUUCUCUGUAAUUUAAUACUUUGUAGAUACAUUAUUUGUGUGUAAUUUUAUAAGUGUUCAUAUUUUUCUCAUUUUGCAUUGUGUAAAGUGUACAAAAUCUCAAAGUAUAAAAUACUGCUUAUAUUGCUUGUAAUUACAGUGUGUAAAUAUUUUCUAAUCGUGUACAUUGACGGGGGGACAAGUGGGUUAUUCAGGUUUUUUUUUAAGUGACCCUUUUGUAUUGCAGUUUCAAUAGAUAACUGCCCAUCAAAUUUCAAGCCACUUUGAUACAUUUUUAUUUAGCAGUUCCAAUAAGAAAAAUCUCUAUUUUUGUCAUUCUCCAUUAGAGAAAUACUUCAUCUGUCCCUUUAAGAUAAAUGGCCAAACAUCAGUUUGGACCCUUAUGUUUAUGACUCUGGUAGAUGUCUUCAGCCUCCAGGUCAUAUUCCAGUCAGUAUUUGCAUUUGAGUUCUCAUAAAAAAAUUUGUGACUCUUUCAGCACAAGUAGCCCAUGAUUUUUCUCCCAAAUCAAGUAUUAUCCUUCUCCCUCAAGUCCCCAUGCUUUGUCUCCCUCCUGCUGAUGUUGCCCAGUGAAUGGGAUGGUAGUGGGGGAGAAAAUGUUCAUUGCACAGAGAAUGUCAGGCCAUUUUUGGGACUUGGCAAACAAAGCUUGCACUGAGUGGUGGUGUGUUUGGCAGUAUUACCGUGCCAAAAAUCACCUUGUCUCAUUUCCUGAUGUGUAUGUCAAACUUAUUACCCUUAUUGCAAGCUGAAUUAAGGUACUUGUGUUUAUGCUUUGUGUGUAACUGUUUGCCUUUUCUAAACUGCUUUUCUUGUUAUCCUAUAUAAUUCUAUUAGUUAUAUCAUGUUAAGUGAAGAGGCUCUUCAUGCACAAAAUGCAUCUAUGUAGCAGCAAAGUAACAGCAUUUGUACAUUUUCUGUCUAUCUACUGAUGGCAGUGGUGCCUUUGUCACCUUUUGAAAGAUUGGCUUUUUGUUUUUAUUUUAAAUUGUAAGAGUUUGCUUUUUGACUUCACAAAAAUCUCCCCAGAUGUAAAAGAUAGAAAAUGGCGUGGUGUCAUCCAGGCUCACCUAGAGCAUUUUCAUUUUUAUUUCUGUCAAAACAACUGUAGUUGGUGGGGAGUGGCCAGUAAUAAUGUGUGAAGUCUUUAUACCAAGAACAACUUUUAAAUUUAAAAAAAUAAAAAUUUAAGAGGUGACCCAUUAGCAAAUGACUGAGUUGGAGAUUUAGGGGAGGACUGUCCUGGGUUGUCUCUAAAAAGGCAAGAUUAGGGUACAGGUAGCUGGCGUGUAGAGCAGUUAGCAUGACCCGUGGUUGUUACUUCUUACUCAUUAACAAUGUCGGUGCGCGUCAUUAUUUGUGCUUUGUUUCCCCAGGCAGUCCUGUCAGCCAGUUAAUCCACCAGCUUUUAGGCGGUUUACAAGUAAACGCAGAUUUUCUUUUUCUUUUUCUUUAUUUUUAAGAUUUUAUACUACAUCUUGCUUAAAGUCCUAUGAAUGUAUGUGUGUGAUUAAAAC